AUGGCUGAGCACCCGUCCUUUACCCUCGCCGGCCUCCUGGCCGCCGGCGGAACAUUCGGCUACGUCCGCACGCGCUCCCUGCCCUCCCUCAUCGCCGGCCUCGGCCUCGGCGUCUCCUACGCCUACGCAGGCUACCUCCUGAAGCAGAACAAGGACUACGGCGCGGAGCUCGCCCUCGGCAACAGCGUCGUCCUCAGCGGCGCCGCCGUGUCCCGCAUCGUCAAGACGGGCGGCAGGGCGCCCGUGCCGCUCGGCCUGGGCGUGGCCGGCGGCCUCGCGACCUACUACUACCAGAAGAAGGUGCGCGAGUUCCGGUACGGUGUAUAG